AACCUUAUCCACAUCCCAUGAGCCUUUGUGCACUGUGCAUUAUCUCCCAUCUUCUUCGGGGUUUAGGGUUUAGCGUUAGCAGUGUCUGAAGAUUGGAGAUCCUAGGUCAAUACCCAAUUGACAAUAAUUUGUGUGGAGCGUGAUACUCAUGAGAGAAAUUGCUAAGCACGGGUGAGUUUUGCCGGAAGCGAAGUUGGUUUGUAAUUUCAUAGAUGAGAUUUGGCCGGAAUCGUUAACGGUUUAGGGUUUAGAGUCACUCGGCUGGCAGUCAGUUGAGUCUAGCGAACCAGUCUUUGAAAUUUUGAGAUAUCAAAGAAACGCGGAUGCUCCACAGCAGCAGAUUGGAGUAACGAAAAUGAAGUGAAUUGAGGCGUAUUCGAGGCUCUGGUUUCCAGCUCCCAUGGCCUGCUUAGCUCGCACUGUGUCGGGUUGCUCGUCUGGCCCCGCUGCAAGGUCAUUGGAAUGGGCUCAAGCAAGUAUCGUGUCUAACUCCUUUCGAAUAAUUAGGUUGUAUGCUGGAUCUCGUGUGAGAAAAUCCGUAAAGCAAGAAUGUGUGAAGUAUUGCUUGAUUGGAUUCAGAAAUGGGAAGUUAACGGAGCGACCCAUUGCGGCUUCUGCAUUUAAUUUUGCAAAUAGGUUUUGGGCGUCUCCGUCCUCACCUUCAAGGGUGACGUUUGAUGGACCAUUCUUUGGCUCUCAUAAUUUUUGCAGUAGUUCAAGUAGCGGGUCUAGGUUCAACGAUAAGGAAAAACAUUCCACAUCCGUAGAAUGUGUAAAAUCGAGUUCAACAAACACGAAUGCCGCUUUCGAGAGAAGGCGGCAGAGGUACUUGGAAAAGUUAGCAUGUCCUGGUUGUGGAGUUUACAUGCAAGACACGGAUCCAAAAAGACCCGGGUACUUCAAAAUGCCAGCCAAUUUCGGGAAAUCGGACGAUGAAUUUGAGGAAAAUGUGGUUGGAGGCAUGGAAGAAGACGAGUCGGAAGAAUUUAGCGACGAUGAUGAUGAGGAGUUCUCUGGAAGAGCCGAAUUGGACGAAUCUGAUUUUACACUUGACGAGGACGAAGAAGAUAUGGACAUGGAUACUCGACUGAAAAAUGCAACAGAGUGGAAUGAGAUAGGGGGCAAUAAGCUGGCUGGGAAGGAUGCUUGGGCUGAGAUACUGGGUGGGAAGAACUGGCGAAAGAAGGAUGGAGCGCAGGGAGAAGCAGAGGAAGAGGAAAAAGUUGUGGUUUGCGCUCGCUGUCAUGCCUUACGGAAUUAUGGGAAAGUCAAGGAUGAAAGUGUGGAAAAUCUACUUCCCGAUUUCGACUUCGAGCGAGUAGUUGGUGCACGGUUGAAGAAGGCCUAUGGCAGGCGAGCAGUGGUUUUGAUGGUUGUGGAUGGAUCAGAUUUUGAUGGCUCAUUUCCACGAAAAGCGGCCGAAGUGCUUGCUGAGGCUGACGAAGAAUUAGGUACGGCUUGGCAGGAAGGCAAAUCUGGGAACACCCCAAGGUUGUUAGUUGUGAUGAACAAGAUCGAUCUUCUUCCCAAGCAGAUCUCUGCUAAUCGUCUCGAGCAAUGGGUACGCCGAAGAUCCAAAGCUGGGGGCGUGACCCGAAUUGCCGGCGUCCACACAGUGAGUGCGUUCAAAGGGUGGGGGAUUGAGCAACUGGCGGAUCACAUAAAGCAGCUUGCUGGUCCCAGAGGAGAUUGCUGGGUUGUUGGUGCCCAGAAUGCUGGAAAGUCUUCCCUCAUAAACUCCUUGGCGAAGUUUGCUGGAGAGAAGAGGAGAGUGACGGCGUUGACGGAAGCAGCAGUUCCUGGUACUACACUAGGGGUUCUUAAGUUGGAAGGGAUAUUGCCAGCUCGGGCACGGCUGUUUGACACGCCAGGUCUGAUUCAUCCCCAUCAACUCAGCACCAAGCUCAAUCGGGAGGAGCUUAAGUUAGUGGAAGUGCGCAAGGAACUGAAGCCCAGAACCUUUCGCGUGAAGGUAGGUAGCACUGUGCAUGUAGCAGGACUACUUCGACUGGACGUUAUGGAAGCCCCGUCUGAGAGCAUCUAUGUGACUGUCUGGGCAUCUGCUCUGCUGUCUUGUCACAUGGGAAAAACUGAGAAGGCUGAGGAACUUUUCGAGAAGCACCUCGGUGACAGAUUGGCGCCACCGGUGGAUAAGGAGCGUGCUGCCGAAAUAGGACGAUGGGUAGCAAGGAGGGUGACCGUGACUGGAGAUUCUUGGGAACACAGUAGUGUAGAUGUAGCUGUGGCCGGUCUGGGCUGGGUGGGCAUUGGCGUCAAAGGCAUUGCAGUUCUGCAAGCUUGGACGUACGAGGGCGUCCAGGUGACGACUCAUGAAGCCAUGGUAUUCGACAUGGCGGCAAUCUUUGAAAAGCCCGGUUUUACUGCAAUGAAGUCUCCCAACAAAGGUGACAAGAAGUCCAAAGGUCAAAAAUCAAAACCGAAGCAGACCAAACCUAUGGAAGAAAUGGUCUUUUGAACAACUUUGGCUUAUGUUUUGAAGUCUCCUUUGUGUCAUUUCAAGUAGUUGCGCAUCAAUUUCAAAAUCUUUAGCAGAUAGACGCGCUGCUAGGUAUUCAUUACUGAACUUAGGUUAGAGACAAAUAUCAGUUGAAGUAAACAUUAAAUGGUGCAGUCUAGAGCAGAAUCGAACAUAUUUUAGCGUCAACCUUUUGAUGAAAAAAGUAUUUUUCAGAACAGUAAAUCUUAGCAAGUACUCAAAUUCCCAGAUGACUUAUCUUAGCCACCCAAUUACCGACCUCAGCCUGCCGUAUCUUUUGGAACACAUAUCUCGGUUUUUUCAAUUACAAAAAAAUUAGAAUUCGAUGAUUUCAUAGGUCAAA